UUAUCUCUGCGUCCAUCGCAGACGUUGGGGUGUAGCCGUUCCUUUCCAGCUACCGCCCCACUAUUGCCAACCCUUUCACAGGUCAUGGCGUCGCACGGACACAAGAACGGAAACAUCGCGCGCAGCUGGAACGAGCGGUCGUUGAACAUCCAAGAAAACGCGACGGGCCGCUCGAAAGUCGACGGUUCCUACGAAAUAAUCGAGUCGACGCCGAAGAGGAAGGAAUCGGAGUGUCGCUUGGAUUUAAGCCACCAGAAAGAACUGAGCGCUACGCAGAACAAUGCCAAUGGAGGGAUCAACGGAUCGACGCGUCUGCGUUCUAAAGAUAUUUCCGUCUUGCCUGGCGUUGGUCGCGAACGGGCCGUGCUGGUGUUGCUGGCGCUGGGCAAUUUCUGCGUCGGCGCUAGCAUUUCAUUGCAAGCGCCCUUUUUCCCGCAUGAGGCGGAGAGGAAAGGAUCCAAUUCCACCGAAUAUGGAUUCGUCUUCAGCGUUUUCGAGCUCACCAUAUUUUUCUUCGGUCCUGUUUUCGCCAAAAUUGUGCCGAUCGUGAAGCCGAGGUUCAUGUUAGUCUCGGGUCUAUUCUACGUGGGUUCGGCGUGCGUACUUUUCGGGUUUUUGAACAAGUCUCCGCCGGGUGCCACAUUUCUCAGCCUGGCCAUCGCCACCAGAAUCGCCGAGGGCAUCGGCACCGCCGGAUUCCAGACGGCCGUAUUCUCCAUAGUCGCCGCCGAGUUCCCACGUUCGCUGGCAACGUCUUACUCAAUCCAGCAAACGGUAUUCGGCGCUGGUCUCGUCGCUGGUCCAACUGUAGGUGGUUGCCUUUAUCAGAUUGGAGGAUUCAUGGCGCCUUUCGUCAGCAUAGGCAUCCUCCUGCUUGUAUGUGACGUUCUCAUCUAUUUUCUGAUGCCAGCCACCGAGGGACCUAACGAGCUGAACCAGAAGAUGGGAGACAUGCUCAAGUUCUGGGGAAACACCGGCAUUAUUCUAGAUGCGUACUGCGUCUUCUGCACGUUCGUGAUCAUCGGUUACAAUGCGGCCGUCCUCGAGCCUCACCUCAGACAGUUCAAUCUGGAGCCGUACAUGGUUGGUUUGGUGUUCGUGCUCAAUGGCAUUGUGUACGCCUGCACUGCCUGGAUUUGGGGAAAGGUUGCUGACAAAACGGUUCGCACCAAAGAGCUCUGCAUUGUGGCCUGCCUCAUGCUGUGUGCGAGCCUGCUAUUGCUCGGACCUGCACCAUUUCUUCCAUUUCCAACAGCUGUCUGGACCGUGAUGCUGGCCCUCGGGUUGUUCGGUCUUGGCUCGGGCGGCACCAUCGUACCCUCUUUUGUCGGAUCGUUCCGGGAUACCCUGAAACGUGGAUUUGCGGAUGACCUGUCUACGUAUGGCCUCGUCUCUUCGGUGUUCACCGUCUCUCAUUCAAUGGGAGCAUUCGUAGGACCCACGCUAGGAGGGUAUCUCUUGGACUCCGUGGGGUACCGCAUGGGCACCAUGGUCCUCCUGGCAAACGAAGUCUUACUCAUACUUGCGCUGUGCAUCUACGUUGUUGUCCAUCGCAAGCCUUCCGGGGACCAAGAACCUCUUCUCAAAGAAGUCACGUGACUUAGCCGCUAAACUAGUUUUCUUUUACUAGAUGAAACACUCUACGAAAGUUGUCAAUCGGGCCUGUUUUUCUCGUUUUUAGUAGCUUGUACUAUUUGCCAUUUUACAGUGUAAAUUAAACAGACAUUACCCACGUCC